AAAGUGCCACCCACUUCACUCACUUGGGCAUCAAGAAGCCCUUUUCUGAAGUUGCUCUCCAGGCUGGAGAGAAUCCCUAAAAAGGCCCUAUUUUCCUCUUCUACUCUCAAUCCUCGCAGGUACUAAUCUAAUCAUGUUAUUUUUUUUUUUUUUUGCAACCCCCGUUUGAUUCCCUAGAAAAUCCAUACCCCAUUCGAUUUCCGGGAAAAUUCAUCCUCGUUUGAUUUCCGAGAAAAUCCAUGCAAAACCCCCAAGCAAAACCAAAAACCUUGCUUUAUUUUUGCUCCCUGUGUUUUCUGGAUCUGUUCUAGGGGUCUCUUUGCCUUUGAGCCAUUCGAUUUAAAUUUCACGAACCCUAAAUCCACGAUUUUUGAGCCAGGCUGAAAAACACAACCUUUGCCUGCAAAUCAUGAUCAGAUUACCAAACAGCAUCGUAUGUUUUUUUUUUUAAAAAAAAAUUGGACAGAUUUUGUAUCCUGUGCGCGGGCUGGACUGGUAGGAAAUAUUGGGAAUUUCUCGAAAAAUCGGUAAAAAUACCGAUAAAUACCUAAAUAUCGGCGAUAUUUUCGAAAAAUCACCGAAAUUUCGUCGACCGAUAAUUGGUGACGAAUAUUGUUAGGAGCCGGUCGAUAAGCGAUAGUUCUCCGAAAUAUCGCCGAAUUUUUUCGACAUUUCUAUCCUUGCUUAUUUCUACAUGUAUAGAAGUUAUAAAUGCACAUGGAUUCAGAGCCUCGUCUCGACUGGUUUGAGAAUCACCGGGUCUCUGCCGUCUACUACUGCUUCUGCUGCUGUGUCUUCUUCGUCGAAGGAUCCAAAUAAGAAGAUCCGGAAGCCUUACACCAUCACCGUCCAGAGAGAGCUGGACCGAGCAAGAGCACGAUGAGAAGCUUUAGGGGGAGAAUUGUGUGUGUUUUGUUUCUUGAUUUCGGGGAAAGGUUGGGAAAAAUGUUCAGUAAAGUCAAUUGGUCAGUUGAGUGGGGUGGGUGUAUUGUUUCUCUUUUAUUUCGUUUCUUUUUAUUUUCCUGCACUUUCUCCACAACCAAACGACGAAUUGAGGUUGGUAUCAUCAAAACGAACAUUUUCUUAGUUGGCUAAUCUUUUUAUUUCCGUUUUUUUUCCUAUACAAAUAGGGCAACAUUAAUAAAAUUCCAUGUAAUCUUUUUUUAAAAAUUAUUUUUUAAUAAUUUUAUUUAUUUAUAUAGAAUUAUAGAUAAAGAUAGAUUUAUUUCAAAAUACAAAUAAUUAUUUAAAUUUAAAUUUUAAGUUUUUAUUUUUAAAUUUAAAAUUUAGAUAUUUUCUAACUAUGCAUGUAUCAUCAAAUUGGGGUCUACCCCUUUGUAUGAAUAUCUUUACUUUUAUAUAUAACUUUAAUAUAUUUUUUUUAGAAAAUUGUGAUUGAAGUGUAAUUUUUAUUUUUAAUUUGAUAAGACUUAUAAAUAUAGUUUGAAUGAUCAUUAUUUUAGUUUUUUUAAAAAAGUUUAAAAAUAUUGUUUCUAAUAAAUUUUAGUUAAAUAAAAUUAAUAAUUUUUUUUUAUUUAUUUCUUGAAUUUUUUAAAAAUAUUUUCAAAUAAAUAUUUUAAACUUUUAGGAAAUUUGAAGCCAUAUAAGCUCCAAAAAUAAUAAUGUAUAUUUAUUUAUUAAAUAAUAAAAACAUAGUUAAUUAUAGUAGUUUUUUUUUUAUUAGCGUUUACUCAUUUAUUUUUGUUCAAAUUGCAGUGUUCUCUACUCCUAGAGUAAAGCGAACGGCACAUUUUAAAAAAGGUCGCGUUUCGACAUAUGGUUCUUUGACGAAUUGAAGAAAGAGUAUGGUUUCUCUCUCUGUAUCGAUAAACUUUUUAUGACCUCAGAUACCAUGGAUAUUCCGCUGCCAUUGGAAAAAUUAUCUUUGGAAUCCAUAGAUGAAGACAGAUCUCUGGAGACUACCAAUAGGGAGAAGAUGUAUGUAGCUCUAGUAGCAACUGGAAGUUUCAAUCCUCCUACUAAUAUGCAUUUACGCAUGUUUGAGCUAGCAAGAGAUGCAUUGAGGUCAGAAGGUUAUUGUGUUAUUGGGGGUUAUAUGUCACCAGUGAAUGAUGCAUACAAGAAAAGGGGCCUGAUAUCUGCUGAACAUCGUAUUCAGAUGUGUGAUCUUGCCUGCAAAAGUUCUGAAUUCAUAAUGGUGGAUCCUUGGGAGGCAAAUCAGAGUACCUUCCAACGUACAUUGACGGUCUUAUCUAGAAUUAAGUGUUCUUUGUGUGAGAAUGGACUUAUACCCAGAGAAUCUCUCAAGGUCAUGCUUGUCUGUGGUUCUGAUCUGCUCGAGUCUUUUGGCAUUCCUGGAUUUUGGAUUACUGAGCAGGUAAUGGCUAUCUGUAGAGACUAUGGUGUGGUGUGCAUUCGCCGAGAAGGGCAAGAUGUUGAGAAAAUUAUAUCUGAUAACAAUAUCUUGAAUGAAAAUAAGGGAAACAUCAUAGUUGUGGAUGAUCUUGUGCCAAACCAGAUCAGCUCGACGAGAGUAAGGGAAUGCAUUUCAAGGCAGUUGUCAGUGAAAUAUCUGAUGGAAGAUAGAGUGAUUGAUUAUAUCAAACGACAUCAUCUUUACUCCAACUCAUCAGAAAGGUAAUGGCCUUGAACUUCAAUUUGGAAAUUACAAAGCUAGUUCCACAUUUGUAUUUCUAAAACCAAACAAUAAAUUAUCACAAUACGAAGCAUUUCUAUUUAGCAAGGUAGUUUUAGAUUUUCAUUUUUUCUACCUUUCGAGGCUCAUCAUGUAAUAAACCGUGUUUUACGAUAACCAAACAUUCCAAUUAAUGCGAAAAAUGGUUUUCUUCAA